GAUGAAGACUCGCAAGAUAAGGCAGCCGGCAACACCACAGAUAAAGCCAAGAAUAAUGAGACCACUAUGAAGCAACGCAAGAACAAGAACACACCACAGCGCAGUAGCACUGACAAUUCGAAUGAAUCAGGAGACACACAAACAGAUGAGAAAAGCAUAGACGCGCAAGAAGACGGAGAGAAUGAACCCGAGCAUCCCCCCACAACACAACGCCAAAGCGGUGUCAACAAGAGCGGUGUCAAUAAGGCCGAUCCGAUUCGGUGGUUUGGACUUCUUGUGCCCGCCCCAUUGCGCACGGCACAAAAAGACUUCCGCACAGCCAUCGAGUUGAGUCUGACAAUGGUGGGUCUGAAGAAUGGCAUAGAGGACGACAUCAAGCAAAUAGAAACGCUGAAAGUCGCAUUAACAGCCUCCGACGAGUGAAACGGUAAUCAGCCACAACAUAGCACAAGUGCAGACGGGGAAUGACGAUUCAAUCCAACUAAAGAACAAAUAAACAACAGAGGAUUCUAAUACAGC